AUGCCUUCCGAAAGUGGUCACAGAUUAUACGUCAAGGGACGUCACCUGAGCUACCAGCGCUCUCGUAACAUCACCCACCCUGGCACCAGCCUGAUCAAGAUCGAGGGUGUUGACAGCACAGCCGCUGCCAACUUCUACCUCGGCAAGAAGGUUGCCUUCGUCUACCGUGGCCAGAAGGAGAUCCGCGGCACCAAGAUCCGCGUGAUCUGGGGCAAGGUUACCCGACCACACGGUAACUCCGGCGUUGUCCGCGCCAAGUUCGCCAAGCCUCUUCCCUCAAAGUCUUUCGGUGCUUCCGUUCGCGUCAUGCUGUACCCCUCGUCGAUAUAA